AAAUUUUGAUUGCUCUGACUAUCUCAAAUCUUCGCUCUCUCGGAUCUCUUGUUUAGGUUACAACACAGUUAAGGUCGUUUUUGGGUCAAAGAAUGUCUUCUACAACUGUCCAGAGCUUGAGAGAACGUUCUCCUUCUUCAUAUUCACUCAAGAUCAAAAACUUCUCGCAACUCGAGAACUUGGCUCUCGGCUCUGCUGAUGGCAAAUAUCUAUCCCGUCUUUUCUCCGCUGGUGGAUACAACUGGAGAAUGAUCUUGUAUCCGAAAGGGAACGAUAAGGAUAACGGAAGUGACUUUAUUUCAAUGUAUGUGGAAUUAGACAGCUCAAGCCUAUCCACACCAUCAACUGAGGUGUUUGCGGAUUUUCGAUUUUUCGUCUUGAACAAAAAGGAAAACAAGUACUUAACUAUUCAUGAUGUAGAAUUGAAACCGUUCAAUACUUUUAGAUCGGUGUGGGGAUUGCCGCAAGUACUUCCGCUUAGUACAUUCAAAGACCCUGAAAAUGGAUAUAUCUGUCUAGGUCAAUGCGAGUUUGGUGUUGAUGUCAUUGUUGCUCCACCCCCUACCAAUUGGGAAAUCCUUUCUUUUGAUGAAAAACUCGUUUAUCCUUAUAAGAUCUUUUGGCCUGUUAAGAAUAUCUUUGAGAUACUAGGGCAUUGUCACACAUCACAAAGAUUUUCAGUGGGAGGAAAGACAUGGGCUAUAGAAUUGUAUCCCAAGGGAAGCAGAACAGCAGAUUAUAAUAAAUGGGUAUCCAUAUUUCUCACUGCUGCUGAUUGUGAAACACUUAAAGAAGAUGAAAAGAUUUUCACGCAAGCUUACUUGCGAAUUUUAGAUCCACGAGGAUCCAAUCACUUAUCACGCUCAAUUACCAAAUGCUACAACAAAUCGAAUUCAUCUUGGGGAUACUUUCGAUUUGUGUCUAUAGAUGAACUUAAGAAUACUUACUUGGACAUGGAAGGUGCUUUGACUCUAGAGAUCCAAUUUGAUGUUGUUUCCACAACCAAACACUCCCUCCCAUGAUUUAAUCAAGCUCUACUUUUUAA